AUGGAGGAGAACUCUAGGCGGGCGACGCUCCGCGUUUCCGCUGCAGGCUCGCAUCGCUCAAAUCGCUGCCGCUCGGCCAAGCUCUCGGACAAGCACGGCGGCAGCUCGCUCACGGCCCUCCCCGUUAUCGAGACCCAGGGCGGUGACGUCUCGGCGUACAUCCCGACCAACGUCAUCUCCAUCACCGACGGGCAGAUCUUCCUGGAGGCUGAGCUCUUCUUCAAGGGUGUCCGCCCGGCCAUCAACGUCGGUCUCUCCGUCUCGCGUGUCGGCUUGUCCGCCCAGACCAAGGUCAUGAAGGCCGUCGCCGGUUCGCUCAAGCUCUACCUCGCCCAGUACCGCGACGUUGCCGCGUUCGCCCAGUUCGGUUCGGACCUCGACGCCUCGACCCGCUUCCUCCUCAACCGUGGCUCGCGUCUCACCGAGCUCCUCAAGCAGGGCCAGUAG